GGGAAAAAAAAACUAAAGGAAGAGGUGAAGACCGAAGAAGAGUGAGAGCGACCGCUUCCCUUUCCUCUCUCUUCUCCUCUUUCACAUACACUCUCUUUUUCUCUCUCUGUGUUUAUUUGAGACAAGUAUGAUAUCAGUUCCCCAAACCCUCCAUCUUUAAUUUUAUAUUGUUGCGAAACCUGCACUUUCUUUUUAGAGAAGGUGAUUGCAAAAAACACUUACCGCGGAGAGCAACAAAAGAAAGAAAAGGAGAGAAAGAGACGACAGGCGACAACGUAGAGAGAGAGAGAAAGUGAGUGAGUGUGUGUUUGUGUAUGUGAGAUAGAGAGAGAAAGAAGAAACUGUAGAAGCUAUCAAAACCACCGAGGGGAAAACGAUGUCUGAGAGCUUUACAUCCUUUCAUACCCUGCAACUCUAAGAGUGUUUGUUGAUGUUGGAUUUGGUUGUUCUCCUUAUUACUGAUCAAUAAUUCAACUAUUGGACAGUGGUAAUAAUUAGAAUAAGCUGAGGAGCUGGGAUUAGUGGUUGUUGUUGCUACUUGCUGGCAAGAUGAUGGUUUUACUAUGGGAAUAGCAACACCGUCACAUUCAAGAACAGUACUAGAACUAAACACCAUUGGUUUUCUCUUGGAUCUUGUAUCAAUUCUUGCAAUUCUAUGUCCCAAGAUUUUCAACAAGGAAUCUUCAGCUUCCCGAAUGGGUUGGAGAGAGGAAGGCUAGUGAGUCCGCAGCAACAGAUCCGGAGGGACAAAGUAAGGUUCGAGGCGGCGGCGCCAUUGGUAGGGAUAGAGGAGGAGGAACCGGUGUACGAGACCGCCGGGAUGUUGUCGGAGAUGUUUAAUUUUCCGCCCGCGACGGAAUUGUUGGAGCAGCAGCACGCGACGGCGACGUUCCGGGCGGCGAGGCAAGCCGGAGAGUGGUACGGAAACAGACAGCAACAGCAACAGAUUUCAGGCAUUAAUGCUGACUCAGCAGCAGCCAUGCAACUUUUUCUGAUGAACCCUCAAACGAGGUCUCCUUCUCCUCCUCAAACCCACGCCACUCCUUCGUCAACGCUUCACAUGCUGCUUCCAAAUCCUUCUUCAAAUUCUUCCCUCCAAGGAUUUACUGGUUCGGCCGCGGGAGGGUCUUUUGGUCAAUUCACAUGGGUUCCUGAGAGUGCUCAUCAACAAGGAGGCGUGGUGGAAGGGCAAGGUCUUUCGUUAUCGUUGUCUUCUUCGCUGGAAGCAGCAAAAGCCGAGGAACUGAGGAUGGGGGAUAGUGGUUUUCUAUAUUACAAUCAUCAACAAGGUGGAGGUGGAGGAGGUGGUUCUUCUUCUUCUUCCGCGGUUCAGUUUCAGUACAAGAAUAAUAACAAUAACCAUCACCAAGCAUUGCAUUUGCAAGGGGCGAUGGGACACGACAACAACCACCAGGGACAUGUUGGGUUUGGGUCAUCCUCGUUAGGUGUAGUUAAUGUUCUAAGAAAUUCAAAGUAUGCGAAGGCUGCACAAGAGUUGCUGGAAGAGUUUUGCAGUGUAGGGAGGGGUCAGUUUAAGAAGAGCAAGUUCAAUAGGCAGAAUUCAAACCCUAAUUCAAAUGCCGGUGGUGGUGCUUCGCCUUCAUCAAAAGAUGCUCCUCCUCCUCCUCCUUUGUCAGCCGCUGAUAGGAUUGAGCAUCAGAGAAGGAAGGUCAAACUACUAUCAAUGCUUGACGAGGUGGACAGGAGAUACAACCAUUACUGCGAGCAAAUGCAGAUGGUAGUGAACUCAUUUGACCUGAUGAUGGGUUUUGGGGCGGCAGUGCCGUACACAGCACUAGCGCAGAAAGCAAUGUCUCGGCAUUUCCGGUGUCUGAAGGAGGCGAUAACAGCGCAGCUGAAGCAAAGUUGUGAGGUACUAGGAGAGAAAGAUGGAGCGGGGAACUCAGGAGGUUUGACCAAGGGUGAGACCCCAAGGCUUAAGAUGUUAGAACAAAGCCUAAGACAGCAGAGAGCCUUCCACCAGAUGGGCAUGAUGGAACAAGAAGCUUGGAGACCCCAGAGAGGCUUGCCUGAACGUUCUGUCAACAUUUUGAGAGCCUGGCUUUUCGAGCAUUUUCUCCACCCGUAUCCAAGCGAUGCAGAUAAGCAUCUGUUGGCACGACAGACUGGCCUAUCGCGAAAUCAGGUAUCAAACUGGUUCAUUAAUGCCAGGGUUCGGUUGUGGAAACCCAUGGUGGAAGAAAUGUACCAACAAGAACUUAAAGAAGCAGAGAGUGCAGAAGACAGAGAAAACAACAACAGCAACAUUAGUGGCAACCAAGCACAAACUCCAACCACACCAUCAGCGGCCACAACAUCAACAGCAACAGCGCCACCACCACCACCACCAACGACAACAGCAACAAAACCGACAGGCAAAAGAUCCGAUGCCAUCAAUGCCCCCGAUAGCGACCCUUCACAGCAUGUUGCAAUGAAUAAUAGACAAGGCUUCUCGGAAAACCAAGCAAAGAAGUCCACCGCAUCCACCACCGCCACCACCACCACCGCCGCCGCCUCUGAGGUGGCGCCACCCGUGUCUCAGUGCUUCGACUCAGACCUGCCCCCACACAGAUUAAUGGCCUCUAAUGACAACACGUGUCGCUUGGUCACAGCAGAUUUUGGGACCGCAUCUGCAAGUGCUGACAUUGGAUCCACACUCAUUAGGUUUGGGACCACACCCGGUGACGUGUCACUCACCCUAGGGCUUCGCCACGCCGGGAACAUGCCCUCUGAGAAAACUCCUUUCUCUGUUAGAGAAUUUGGAGCCAUUUAAACUUCAAUAUAUAUAUAUAUAUAUAUACAGUACUACUUCACAUAAUAAUCAAAAUAAUAAUAUAUAUAGGAAGAUGCUUUAUCAUAUUAUUAUAUAUAAUCAUAUCAUCUAAAGAAAACAUUUUUACGCCCUUUAUUGUUUCUCAGUUAUUCCUCGAUCUGUCUUAUUUGCAUUGUGGAAGGACAGGAGAAAAAAAAGGUAAUACGAUAUGAGAAAGGUAGUCUGAAGGUAGCUAUUAAUUAGGUGUAGCAUUAAUAUGGUAUCUAUUGUAUAACUGCAUAGCAGAUUGUUUUUGAUGAUUUUUCCCCCGAUAUAUUAUGUACUUUAUUAUUUAAGGUUUGUAGCUUAGUUUGAUAGGACAUGAUCUAGUCAAUGACCGAAAUAAUAACUGUUCCUUUUUUUUUUAACUUCUAAUAUAAUGAAAUGUCAAACC